AUGACAGCGACUUCUGAGAAAGUGCAAAGCGUCUCUUUCGGACCCCCGCAUCUCCCGCACUGCGUGGCACCGGUGCUGGCUUCGUCCCCCGCUCGGCCCUCCACGCUGAGUCGUCUGCUGAAGUGUGCCGCCAUCGCUCUGAUUGUUGGCGCACUUGUGAUGCUGUGCGCAUCCGUCGGGGCUUUCUACCAGUGGAAAGUCAGCGAUAAAAACGUGCAUAACGUCCACUACAACAUGCGGAUCAACGGGGAGCUGAGGGAGGGCACGGUGGAGGUCGACCCCCCGAACCACCAGGAGACGUUCACCACCGGGAGCGGCGACCAGGAGGCCGUGGAGAUCCACGACUUCCAGACGGGCAUCAGCGGACUGCGCUUCUUCAGGGGGGAGAAGUGCUACAUCAAACCCCACAUCAAAGCCCCCCUCCCGGACCUGGGGGGCUACACAGAGAGGCUGACUUCAGACCUGUCGGAGGAGACCCUCCCCGUGCGGCUGGACCAGGACUCGGUGAUCUGGGUCGCGGCCGACCUCCCCACGCAGGACACCCGCUUCCUCAGCCCCAAGAUCCUGGCGCUGUGCGGGGACGCCCCCGUGUACUGGCUCCACCCCACCCGUCACAGAGGUCCCUACUGCCCCUUCUCCCUGCUAGCCUUAAUGACGAGGUCUGUGGCGGUCUGUGGCGGCCUGUGGCGGCCUGUGGCGGCCUGUGGCGGCCUGUGGCGGCCUGUGGCGGCCUGUGGCGGCCUGUGGCGGCCUGUGGCGGGCGGGAGGUUGGGGUAUGGAGAGCGGAGGAGGAGAGACACGGGGCGCCCCCGGAGACAGGCCCCCACCGAGGAGGGUGGAGCACCAGGUGGAGCAGCACCAGGGGCCGGGCGGAGCGACGCCGGGGCCCGCCCGGGAGCCGCCGCGGUAGCAGAGGAGGAGAGAGGAAACGAGGUCGCAGGAGCCGUAGCCCUAGGGGAGGAGGAAGGAGGUCCCGGAGGAGAGGAGGGCGCGUCGGCUGACGGGUCGGCAUACAACCCGGAGAAUCCGUACCACCGUAAACCAGAGACGGCGGGCGGCGAGAGGGAGGCCAUGACCUUCGACCCCAUGCUGGACCACCUGGGCAUCUGCUGCUCCGAGUGCCGGCGUAGCUACACCCACUGCCAGCGCGUGUGCGAGCCCCUGCGCGGCUACUGGCCCUGGCCCUACAACUACGCCGGCUGCCGCGUGGCGUGCCGCGUGAUCCUGCCCUGCCGCUGGUGGGUGGCGCGCAUGCUGGGUCGCGUGUGA